AUGAAGCUCUGUGCAUCGGCGGCUGGGUUUAAGAGAUUCGCGGCGUACGGUGUCGGCCGGCGGAUUUGGGGGAUGAAGGGGAAGAAUCCGCUGGCGGCGGAAGGAGGCGGCAGGCGAUUGUCUCACCGGCCGGCGAGGUUGCUGGUGGGGCUGCUUUUGCCGUUUCUAUUUGUUAGAGCUGCUCUUUUGGCUCUGGAGUCCGCUGCCCUUUGCUCGUCGCCAAUUGCGUGUAUGACGUGGAGGCUUUUUGGCGGGAGUGAUGCUGCCUUGCUCAGAGAAGAGCUGUCAAUGGCCUUGCUGGAGGCAACCACUAGUGGAGAUGAAGAUAAUGGUGGUAGAGCUGGAAUUGCCAGAUCGGAGAGUUUAAAUUCCAUACCUCUUUCAUUCAAGGAUCUAGUAAAGGAUAUGGCAUUGAACAAAGACAUAAAAGCCUUUGCAUUCAAGACUAAAGCCAUGAUAGCAAGGUUGGAGCAUACCGUAAAAGAAGCUAAGUGGCAUGAGUCUUUAUACUGGCAUUUAGCUGCUCAUGGUAUACCCAAGACCCUGCACUGCCUUUCACUUAAUUUGGCUGAAGAAUAUGCUGUAAAUGCUGCAGCACGUUCUCGAUUACCACAGCCGCAAUACAUUUACCGUCUCACAGACUCUUCCUUUCACCAUGUGGUUCUUUUAAGCGAUAAUCUCCUUGCUGUCUCUGUUGUUGUCUUUUCUACUAUCAAAACAUCAAGCAAUCCUGAAAAACUAGUCUUUCAUGUUGUAACUGAUAAAAAGACGUACCCCUCCAUGCAUGCAUGGUUCGCAAUGAACCCAGUAUAUUCUGCAGUCGUUGAAGUCAAGGGCUUGCAUCAAUAUGAUUGGUCUCAUGAAGUCAAUGUUGUGGUCAAGGAGAUGCUAGAAAUUCAUCAUCAGAUCUGGAGUCGCUACUACCGCAGUCUGAAAAUGGAAAACUUUGAGCAAGGGAGAGAAAAAGAUCGAAACUUGGAUGCCCUUAGUACCAGCAGCAUCUCCCUCUUAAACCACCUCCGAAUUUAUCUACCUGUGCUGUUCCCGGAUCUCGACAAAGUUGUGUUAUUAGACGACGAUGUUGUAGUACAGCGUGACUUAUCUUCUCUUUGGGACUUGAAUCUCAAUCAGAAAGUGGCUGGUGCAGUUGUUGAUUCGUGGUGCGGACCUGGUUGUUGUCCGGGAAGAAAGUACAAAGAUUACUUCAACUUCAUGGAUCCAAUAUUCUCGUCAUCUGAUGUGGAUCCUGAUAGCUGCGGAUGGUUGUAUGGGGUGAAUAUUUUUGACCUCGGAAGGUGGAGAAAGACUAACAUCAUUGAAGUAUAUCAUCAAUGGCUUAAGCAUAGCCUUAACUCUGGGUUUGAAUUAUGGCAUCCUGGAGCACUGCCACCUGCAUUGCUUGCAUUUGAAAAACACGUUCAACGUAUUGAUCCUUCAUGGCACCUAGCCGGUUUGGGCUAUCGGUACCCACAAACAGACAAACAAAUGCUAGAAGCUGCAGCUGUUGUGCACUUCAGUGGGCCUGCAAAGCCAUGGCUCGAUAUCGGGUCCUCAGCUCUAAGAGACUUUUAG